AUGCAUUCCCCAGUCAUGUGGCACUUUCUUCCGCUUCUUCUGCAAGUCUGUACUGUUUUUGCAAAUACCGAAAAAGUCAUCUUCCUUGGCCCAAGCAGCCUGCAAGUUCCAGUUGAGCAUCCAACUCUCGAGGACUUAGAUUUGGAACCUCUCUCACCCCAGCAUUGGACCUUGAGAACGCAUAUCCGCGCAGAAUUUCCUACUGACAGUUUAAAACAUGGACAAGCGUCCUGGUAUCUGCUGCAUAGACUUGAGGAAGGCAGACGAUACGAAGUCAGGAUCUGCUGGGCUGCAACUCAACCAACGUCCUUUCGUCUCGAGACAUACGAUUUACCUACAGUUUUCGAAAAUCCCGAAUUGAUUACUUCCCUUGCACAAUACUCGGAAGGGCGACAGUCUGAACCAACUCAAAUUGCAGAUGAGAAACCCAGCAUCUCUCGAAAACCUACAGCAGAGCGUGAUGCUAACGACCUCUCUUCAACCCUGUUUCUGCAGGUAUUUGCAGCUGCAGAUUACUACACUACGAACAAGACUAUCAUGAACAAUGUGCCCCCAGUCUUUGUUGAUAUUAUCCUGGACCCAUUUAUCUUCAAUGUGUUUCCUCGAUCGCUGCUUCCUACAGCUGCUUAUAUUGUCCUGCUUGCAAUUGGAGGCUGGUAUUUGUCCAAAUAUGUUGGUAGUUGGUUCGAGAACUUGGCGAAACAAGAUGCAAAUGAAGAGAAAAAGAAGAUAUAG